CAUCAUUUAACAACAAUGCAGAUUUGUUAAAAUCUAUACCAUGGUUAAAAUUUCUCAUGGCAAAUUUGUUUAAAUGUUAGACAAUUAAUUGAGAACAAAUAAAACAAGAAGAAUGGCUUUUCUACGAGGAUCCCUUAAUUAUGUGUGGUGCACUACAAGUGUACUUGGAAAAGGAGCAACUGGGUCGGUUUUUCAGGGAGUUAAUAAAAAUACUGGCGAAUCUGUGGCAGUGAAAACAUUUAAUCCAUACAGUCAUUUGCGGCCACCGGAUGUUCAAAUGCGCGAGUUCGAAGCACUCAAAAAACUACAUCAUGAGAAUAUUGUCAAACUAUUGGCAAUCGAAGAAGAUCAAGAAGGCCGCGGUAAGGUAAUUGUUAUGGAAUUAUGUACCGGUGGAAGUCUUUUCAAUAUACUCGAUGACCCUGAAAAUUCUUAUGGACUACCAGAGAAUGAAUUUCUAUUGGUGCUGGAACAUUUAUGUGCUGGAAUGAAACACUUACGUGACAAUAAUUUAGUACAUCGCGAUUUAAAACCGGGGAAUAUAAUGAAAUUUAUUUCGGAAGAUGGUCAAACCAUAUACAAGCUAACUGAUUUCGGUGCUGCCCGGGAAUUGGAUGAUAAUCAAGCCUUUGUUUCACUUUAUGGAACAGAGGAAUAUUUACAUCCUGAUAUGUAUGAACGUGCUGUGCUACGUAAACAAAUAAAUCGUUCAUUUACUGCAAAUGUGGACUUAUGGUCCAUUGGUGUCACUCUUUACCAUGUAGCAACUGGAAAUUUACCAUUCCGUCCUUUUGGCGGCCGUAAAAACCGCGAAACAAUGCAUCAAAUUACCACAAAAAAGGCGUCGGGCGUUAUUUCGGGUACACAACUAUCCGAAAAUGGACCAAUCGAAUGGUCGACUACGCUGCCAUCAUAUUGCAAUUUGUCAGAAGGUCUGAAGACAUUGGUGACACCACUCUUGGCUGGUUUGUUAGAAAAAAAUCGAGAGAAAACCUGGUCGUUUGAUCGUUUCUUCCAAGAAGUAACACUUAUUUUGCGUAAGUUCGUUUUGCAUGUUUUCUUCACAAAUCGCACCACUUCUGUGGAGGUUUAUCUCGAACCAGACGAACAAAUUGAUAAUUUUCGUGAACGCGUUUUUCUACAAACCGAAGUACCAAUAGAAAAACAAAUACUUUUAUUCAAUAAUGAGCAUUUGGAAAGAAAGGUGACGUCCUCUUCCAUAUCUAAAGCUUUUCCUAAAACCACUGCAGAAAAUCCAAUAUUUCUAUAUAGUAACGAUGACAAUAAUGUACAACUACCCCAACAAUUAGAAUUGCCAAAGUUUCCAGUAUUCCCAACUAACGUGUCGGUUGAAAAUGAUGCCAGUCUUGCUAAAGCCGCCUGUAGCGUGGGGCAUGAAUGUAAGAGACGCAUUGACACCUUUACAUCCAUGGAUAUUUUAAUGAAGCGUUCUGUAGAACAAUUCAUAGCAAUGUUAAUAACAACUAUAACUUUACUAUUAAAAAAAACCAAACAUUUGGAGAAUCUGCUGACAACAACACUUGAUUAUGCUGAUGCAGUUAAACGCAUUGGGAAUUUAACAAAAUCAGACAAUGAACUCAAACCAAUAGUUUCUACUCUGUAUGAUCUCAAGCCCAAUUUCGAUGAUGCUGCCGAUGUUAUAAUGCAAAUGUAUAAACAUUUCGUCGCUGAAGACGCUCUGAAUGAUCAGUGGUCAUCUGCCAUGCACGGCAAGCGGUGUCCUUGUCGCACGAGGGCCAGUCCACGUGCGAAGUACUUGGUGGAGCGGCUGCGUGAUUCCUGGCAACAUUUGCUACGUGAUCGCGCAACACGUACGCUCACAUACAAUGACGAGCAAUUCCAUGCUUUGGAAAAGAUAAAAGUUUUUCGUAAUGGCGAUCGCAUCAAAGCUUUGCUAAUUGAUGACGUUAAACCCGCCGUAGCGCAAAUGGCCGAAUGCCUCGCCGAUUGGUAUAAACUAGCACAAACCGUCUAUCUUAAAACGCAGAUAUUGGAAAAGGACGUACGCGACUAUGAACGUAAAUUGAACGAUUUACGUGAUGAGUUGUAUCAUUUGAAGUCGGAAAUGAAAGCCGAUGAAAAUAGUAAAGCGCCUACAAACAAUAAUAAUAAAUUAUCAAAGAACGUACAGAAAAGUCUUAUUAAGAAAAUUCACAAACAACACGAGGAAGUUUUACAAAUAAUGAAUCAAAAUGCAAUGCUCAUUAAUCGGCUUAAGGAGUUGGGCAUUGAUUGCAGCAGCGUGAAGCAGUUUGAAACUGUGCUAAACAAAACGUAAUCAAUGUUUUAUUGAAAAAGUAAGAUAAGACUGUGAAAAUAACUACAGGGACUCGGGUUUCUUAUUUUCAUAUUCUAUGACAGUUUUCAUAUACAAACAUAUAUACGCAUACAAAAGCUAUUUACAUAUUCCUAAAGCGAAAAUUAUUUCUAUUAUUUUUUUUGCAGUACAUGACAAAAUAUUAUAUACACUUAUUCCAUAUUUGAUCUUUUUUCCUGAGUCCUAGUAAAUCUGUUAUAGAAUAAGUAUUCAGCAGACUUUUUAACACAUAGUUGCGUAACCAUUUUUUUGAGUCUUAAAAUAUCCAAGACACCGCUUUAUUAGCAACUUGUGCAUACAAAUUAAUGCUUGUUGCAGAAGUACCUAUAAUUACGUAUGUUUUCUAAAUUACCGGUAGUUAAGUAUGUAUGUAUGAACGUAAGAACAUAAUGGAAUAUUCUUAAAGUUGAAUUUAUUAUAGCUUUUAAUUAAGAAAUUUUUGUAUUCAAACUAUUUUACCCAAAGCAAAACAAUAAUGAUAUCAAAUAUAUA